AUGCUGGUCAUCACAGUUCUUCUGGCUGUCUUUGGCCUUGUCAGAUGUCAAGAUUUACCAACAUUUGACCUGUUGGAAGAGUUUCGCCUGUCUAAAUCCAGAGGGGUGAGAAGGGUUGAUGGAUCUAGCCCCGAAGCGGUGGCGUACCGCAUUAACCCCUCCCUCCAUCUCAAGAAGAGCACAAGUGAUGUCUACCCAGAUGGUCUACCUUCAGACUACUCUGUUAUUGCCAUCUUUAAAGUGAGCAAGGAUACAGCCAAAACAUCCUGGAAUCUUUGGCAAGUCAGUGACCCCAAAGGCCAGGACCAGGUGGGCCUGCGUUUUCAGGGCGACUCUCAAACUCUGGACUUCUUCUACACCAGACCAGAAGGCACGCAGAUGCUGCGGACAUUUCAGAGUGUGGAGAAACUGUUUGACGGCGAGUGGCACAAGUUGGCAUUGAGCGUGAAGGGAGAGCAGGUGAAGCUCAUGGUGGACUGUGAGGAGGUCAGCGUGGAGCCACUGGAUGAGCCACGGCCAGUGAUCCAAAAAGGUUUCACCUCCAUUGUAAAGAGGGCAGUGGGUAACCGCUCAGUCUCUGUGGACCUGCAACGGAUGGAGGUCUCCUGUGAUGCUGACCAGGCAUACUCUGAAGGAUGCUGUGAACUCUCUAAUGUGUGUGGAGGAUAUGCUGAGAUUGGUUUAACAGCAGGGAAAGAAAGAGCCACCUGUAAAUGUGUACAUGGACUGCCUGGUGUUCAGGGUCGCCAAGGACCCAAGGGUCACAGAGGCCUGCCAGGGCACACGGGGGAUCCAGGCAGACUGGGUAACUGGGGGAUACGAGGGGAAACUGGAGAUUAUGGACAUGAAGGGGAACCUGGACCUACGGGGGAGGAAGGUAUCAAAGGAGAAAAGGGCAUGAGAGGACUUCGAGGCCAGGAGGGUGACAGAGGACCUAAAGGCCUGAAAGGAUUAAACGGCGCCACAGGCCAUAAGGGAGUGCGAGGGACUCCUGGAGAUAGGGGUGAAACAGGCCAGGAGGGUGAAGCCGGUGCAUCAGGAGAGCAGGGUUACGAGGGCAUUGCUGGAUAUCAGGGAGUGAAGGGAAAUGAAGGCUUAACCGGAGCAGAAGGAGCUCGAGGAUCACCGGGUCGCCAGGGGGUUGUGGGAGAUCCCGGUGAGCGAGGAACAGCUGGAGAAAAAGGAAAGCCAGGUACUCUAGGGCCAAAAGGGAGAGUUGGUGGAAUGGGGGAGAAGGGCAUUGUUGGAGAUCCAGGUUGGUCAGGGCGAGACGGAGAUCCCGGCAUUGAGGCUUAUCAAGGACCACAGGGACCUGAGGGCAGACUAGGACAAGAUGGCCAAAGGGGUGAAAAAGGUGAACAGGGCCCUCCGGGUAACAUGGGCCCUCCUGGACCUACGGGUUCACAAGGUCACAAGGGCUCUGCUGCAAAGCCAGGAAGACCAGGAUUUAUUGGGCCCCCUGGACCAACAGGGCACGUGGGAAUACCUGGCAGACCUGGGCCUAAGGGCGACACUGGCAUUCAAGGGCUCCCAGGAAGCAAAGGACAUAAGGGUAAUAAGGGGGUCAAAGGACCCAAAGGCAGGGCUGGAGAUGGGGGUAUGCUAGGGCAAAAGGGAAGAAGAGGAAAGCGAGGCCCGGCUGGAGAGCAUGGUAGAAAGGGUCGUGUUGGGUCUAAGGGUGUGAUAGGUGACAGCGGUCCAUUGGGCUUUCAGGGACCACCAGGACCACCUGGCCCUACUUUUCCUGCUCAACAUGUUAUCGAGGUGUGCAAGCGGGUGGUCCUGGAGCAGAUGUCCACAUUUGCCAACUCUGUCAGAAGGACGUGUGCAGCCGUGUGCCCGCUUUAUGGAGAUGUGCCCAUGGGCCCCCCAGGUCCCCCAGGAGCAAAGGGACCACCAGGAUCUCCAGGUGCGGCAGCCACUGAUGGUCUUAAAGGAGAAAUUGGGCAGCAAGGAUUCUAUGGCGAGCCAGGUGACCAGGGCAGAUCGGGCUCACCAGGUGACCUGGGAGAGCCAGGGGACAAGGGAGCUAAAGGCUACGGCCUUCCUGGCCACAUUGGAGACCAGGGACCAAUGGGUCAGCGCGGGAGACCUGGCCAGGCAUUUGAUGGACAGCCAGGUCGGAUGGGUGAGAGAGGCCUAGUCGGUCAACCUGGUUUUAGGGGAUACCCUGGACUACUUGGGGUUCCUGGAGCCUGUUUGACCUCUGGAUGUGCUUUACUUAAUGCAACUGCUAAUGGACCACCUCAACAGUUAAAUGAAGCGAUAACUCAACGUGCUCCUCAGCGGGUACCUCAACGGGCUACUACGAGGUUUAGGGGACGACAAUGAUGAAAUCUUUUAAGCUCACACAGUGAAACUGGAAUCAAUAUGGAUAAGACAAAAAAGCCAAUGAAAUGUAAAAAUAAUUAAUGUAAAUAUAAAACUGAAAUUGUACUUCAGAAAACUGAGACACUGAAUCAACAUUGUUAGCUUCACAAAAUUUUUAUUAUUGACCAACUUAAACCACAAUUUAAAGAAAGAAAAUCUGCAUCUAUUCAAAUAGUUAUAACUGUAAUGUGGUUUGCAAAUUGCU